AGAAUUUCAUUUUUUUUUAUAAACCUUAUAAACCUAUUUUGACGAUAGGUAUACUUAUUAUCCUUUACACUGCAGAGUAUGCGAAGCUCGAAGCGUUGUAUAUAAACACGUAUGUAAAUUUAACUAUGUAAGAAGACGGCAUUACGGGAAAAUCUUACAUGGUUAUUCAUCACCAAUCAAAUUAUUUUCAGGAACAUCAGGAAUUAGAAUAUCGGAGAAAAAAAAAUCUCUUUGGUGGAUCCACAUUUUUUAAAUCUAAGAUUUUUCUAGAACAAAUUAAACGUUUCUGGCUAAUCGGAAUAAGGUUAAAAACCGUGAAUAUUAAUAAGACAGUUAGAAAAAAUGAAUCGCAGGAACAACCCAGAAGCCAAUGGAUGUGAACGUUUGACAAUGGCAGCCCUUAUAAACCAGGCCACUGGCGCUGACGGAAUAUCGUCUCUAGGCUCUCUAACAUGCACAUUCUCGGAAUACAGUCCUACGAAGGAAGCUUCCGAGUAUUCUGAAUCUGGAAGAAAAGAAACGAAACAAAUUUUGGAGCCCGAACUACACUUGAAACGUUUAUUAUAUUAUACCAGUGAAGAGCCCAUUCCUUGGAACAAAAUAAAAUUACCCGAAAAAGGAAAUUUGUAUUUGAAGCUGUAUAAACGAGUGAUAAACAAUAUAAAUGCUGAUUGCAAAGUAUAUAUUGAUAACGAAGAAUUUGAGUGCCACCUUCUCGUCCUACAGUGUUAUUCAAGGUUAUUUGAUAGUUGUGGAACUAAAAAAAAAAUUGAACUUUCAUCGGAAAAGUGUAGUCCGUCCGCUUUUUGUUUUAUUUAUAAUUGGAUGAGAGCCAGCGAGCCAUCUUACAUUAGUUUAAAUAGAUCUAAUAUUUUGACUAUUUUGACAUCAGCAGAAUAUUUACAAAUCAAAGAUUUGAUUGAACAAUGUUGGGCUUUCAUAGACAGCACAAAUGUUUUCAAUGAAGACUCAGCAUUUCUACUUUACUUGGAGGCUAAGGAAAGGAAAUUGCCACAAGUCCAGGAAUUUAUGCUGCCAAGAAUUCGAAAGUUUUUCUUGACGUUGGUUAGCUCAUCAAAUUGGUUAGAAUUAGAUGUUCUCGACAUGAAAAAUUUGCUCAAGUCCAAUUAUGUUGCAAUAAAUUGCGAAAUGGAAAUAUUUAUGGCGGCUGUUCGAUGGUUGAAGUACGAUUAUGGGGAGCGAGAGCAGUACAAGUAUGAAGUGUUGAAGUGUGUUAGAUUUGGGAACAUAGCUCCAUGGCAGUUAGUAGAUAUUAAAAAAAAUCCACAAAAUCCAGACUUUAUUGAACUUUGUCAAGACUCUAGGAUUUGCAAUAUGAUUGAUGAAGGAAUUUCAUUCAUAAUAAUCAAGCAUUGGUCCGGUCAGGAUAAUAGUGAAACUGACCUAGCACAUUGUUAUGGUAUUUUGGGGUUAGAAGAACCUCCGCCGAGAAACUGGAUGGGUCCUGAAAAAUCCUAUGCUACUUAUAGAGAUUUUUUAAUUUAUCUGGAUCAGUAUCGUAGAAGUCAGCUAUUGGAGAAAAACACACCUCGAUUGAUCGAUGAAGUCGAUGAGCCGCUGGAAAAUGAAUUUUCGAGAAAAUUUUCACGUCUGAAAAUAAAAAGAAAUCCGGAUCUUCGACAAAAUUAAAAAGAAAUUGUGAUGAUAUUAUAUUUUAUUAAGUGCCUACUUUUUUGAGUCUAUUUUAAAUUUUAUUAUUAUGACUUUAUUAAGGAAAUACUAACAAAAUAAAAAUUCUUCAAGGUUCC